AUGAAUUUCAGCUCUCUCGUAGUAGUUGUCGUGGUUGUAGUCUCAACCGUCACCUACUUUGUAAGGUACCGCUACUUGACUAUGUACGCCAGGUUGCCACCUGAGCCACAACGCGAAGAACCUCAAGUGGAAGUGUUUCCAGAAAGUCAGGAAGGCGAUUCGAAAAGGGCUUUCGCAAACUACAUGGACGAGUUCUUGAGUGCUAUCAAGGUGUUUGGUUACCUGGAGCGUCCAGUCUUCCACGAAUUGACACGCACCAUGCAGACUCGGCGGCUCGCAGCAGGCGAGACUAUCCUUUUGGAAGAAGAGAAGGGGUUUUGCCUGGUCAUGGACGGUCUGGUGCAGAUCUUCGUCAAGUCGAAGCGUGAAAGUGGAGACUCUGACGAAGAGACAUCGUCGAACGAGUCCCAACACCAAGGUCACAGCCAGGGCUACCAACUAUUGACUGAAGUGAAGAACGGAGCACCAAUGUCCUCGUUAUUCUCUAUCUUGUCGUUAUUCACAGAGGAUAUCAAGCUUCGCCAUGACGAGGACGAGGCGGACCCUAGCAUGCCAGGAACGCCGCACACAAGUCGGCCACGACCAUCCAUGAGACGCAACAGUAGUUUUGCAAUGGAUGACUCAAGGCCGCAGACGCCUCAGCACAUGCCUCGUACGGAAGCAGGACAUCGACGGACUUCUUCAGCUCUGGCAAGUCCAACAGCAGGAGGUCGACUGCCAAGCGUACCUCCACUUUCGCUAGACUUGGACGAGUAUGGCGGCCGCAUCAAACAUACAAAACACAGACGAUCACCAUCGCGUUCUUCCAAACCCAAGUCUGCUCAUCCAGAUAUUGUAGCUCGAGCAGUUGUGGACACCACAAUCGCCAUUAUACCUGCAACAGCAUUCCACCGAUUGACACGGGUCUAUCCUAAAGCGACAGCACACAUCGUUCAAGUUAUCCUUACACGUCUACAAAGAGUCACCCUUGCAACCAGCCACGCAUAUUUAAGUCUUACUAACGAAGUGCUUCGUACCGAGAAGCUGAUGAAUAAGUACACGACUUACGAUCUCCCCGGCUUUCUUCGUGAUGCCCCCUUGGAAAGACUCAAAGAGAAGUUUGCAAAGGAGACAGAGCGUCUCGGUGCGGACGAAGGCAUGCAGGGAAUUGCACUACAUAACCCGGGUGCCGGACGUCAACGUCGAUCCAGUACAUCAAUCAGACGAGGCACAGCUGCGCAAGCUCGACUUGCUGCAGCUCGAGGAACUUCAAUGGAGGCGAACAGUCAAAUUGAGGCAAAGAUGACUUCCCUAGAACCUCCGUUCCGCAACGAUCGUAUGAGUGCAGGAGACCUCUUGACCAAUACCCAGAUGGCUCGUGGCGCUGGCCGGUCAGGCCGUGGUAAUAGCUUCUCUCAGCCGUAUCAGCAUGACAAUCGCCGAGACCCUCGCACACCACUUGAUGCUAGCAACUUCAAUCCGUUCGCCUCACCGCUAGCACGACCGACUAUUCAGCGACAAGAAUCAAUAGAUGAGGCAACAAUAUUCAGGCGAUCAGUUCUCGACUGCAUGUUCAAGGCGAUUGGUUUAACUGACCUAGAAAACCCAUUGCCGAAGCCAGCCGCAUCCGUGGAGCAAUCGCCAAGGAUGCUAUCUUUCGACAACAAGCGCCAGAAGGCUGUCUUCACCAACGCAUUUGAUCUAAUGGAUCCUUUCGAGAGAGGCGAUACCGAAUCCAUGGUAUCUGCAUCCAACCUGUCCAGUAUUAGUGGCGUCAACCACCACAAUCUUCUGGAGGAGAUUGUGAACGAUGUCGAAAUCGUGCAUUUUCCCAAGGAUGCUGUCCUGGUAGAGCAGGGUGAAAGGAACCCAGGUCUUUAUUAUGUGGUGGAUGGGUUCCUCGAUGUCAGUGUAGCCAUCGAAGAUGACAGUUUGGAAUCAAACGUCCUUGGUACAUCACCGACUGGAGCUGCGCUCACGCAGGAGGAGCUGUUCGGUCCACAACUCAAGCGAACGUCAACAAGCGGCUCUACACGCAAUCUGACUGACAGCGUCAAUAAAAAGAAGAAACCACGAAAAAGUCUUUUCAUGACCAAACCUGGUGGACUCGCAGGCUAUUUGGGCACUGUGUCCUCGAAUCGAUCCUUCGUAGACGUUACUGCGAAAACCGGUGUGUAUGUUGGGUUCUUGCCGCGAGCCUCCAUCGAAAGAAUUGUCGAUAGGUACCCGGUGGUUCUACUGACAAUUGCCAAACGCCUCACCACUCUCUUGCCUCGCCUCAUUCAACACAUUGAUUUCGCUUUGGAAUGGGUACAGGUAAAUGCUGGUCAGGUCAUCUACAACCAAGGCGAGGAAAGCGAUGCAAUCUAUAUUGUGCUCAAUGGACGUCUGCGAGCGAUACAAGAUGCAGAGAAGAACGGCACUAUGAAAGUCAUCGGCGAGUAUGGGCAGGGUGAGAGCGUUGGUGAACUCGAAGUACUCACCGAGUCCGCACGUCCUGGCUCAUUACAUGCCAUUCGCGAUACAGAACUUGCCAAAUUCCCAAAAACACUGUUCAACAGCCUUGCGUUGGAACACCCUGGUAUCACAAUCAAGAUAUCGAAAAUCAUCGCAUCGCGCAUGCGGUCGCUUAUGGACGACCCUUUGCACGAACAGACGAAAGAAAGGGGCACCAAGGCAACACGCACAAACGUAUCGUCCACAGUAAAUUUACGUACAAUCGCCAUCCUACCUGUCACGUCCGGCAUACCGGUCGUGGACUUUGCAAGCCGUCUGAUGACUGCUCUGACCCAGAUCGGUACCCCACGAGGCGUUGUGUCCCUAAACCAGGCUGCCAUUCUCAAUCAUCUCGGGCGACAUGCUUUCAACCGCAUGGGAAAACUGAAGCUGUCACAAUAUCUGGCUGAUCUGGAAGAGAAGUACGGCAUGAUCCUCUACGUGGCCGACACACCAGUCAAGUCGCCCUGGACCCAAACCUGUAUCAGCCAAGCCGAUUGCAUCCUACUUGUUGGUUUAGCCGAACUGUCACCAAACAUCGGGGAGUAUGAGCGUUUUCUGCUGACUACUAAGACAACGGCUCGCAAGGAGCUUGUUAUGCUGCACUCGGAACGGUACUGUCCCCCAGGUCUGACACGCAAGUGGCUGCGAAAUCGCCCAUGGAUCAACGGAAGUCAUCAUCAUAUUCAAAUGUCGUUCCGUGCCACACAAGAACCAACUCACCAUGCCGGACGGCGCUUCGGCAACGCCCUGAAACAGCGGGUGCAAGUUAUUCAAGCUGAGAUCCAGAAGUACACCUCUAGGCGAGUUCGACAAACACCACUGUAUUCUGCAGAGACACCUUUCAAGGGCGAUUUCCACCGGCUCGCCAGACGAUUGUGCGGCAAAUCUGUAGGACUGGUUUUAGGUGGAGGUGGUGCCCGCGGCAUUUCACAGAUAGGUAUAAUCAAGGCACUGGAAGAGGCAGGUAUUCCCAUCGACAUCGUAGGCGGUACCAGUAUUGGUGCCUUUAUUGGUGCACUAUAUGCGUGGGACGCAGAUGUUGUCCCUAUGUAUGGUCGCGCAAAGAAAUUCGCUGGCCGCAUGGGCAGCAUGUGGAGAUUUGCACUCGACCUUACGUACCCCUCUGCAUCUUACACCACCGGUCAUGAGUUCAAUCGUGGCAUCUUCAAGACCUUUGGCAAUUCACAAAUGGAGGAUUCGUGGCUUGAAUUCUAUUGCAACACAACCAAUAUCAGUAAGUCGCGCUCCGAGAUACACACCUCCGGCUAUGUCUGGCGAUAUGUACGCGCAUCUAUGUCUCUCGCCGGACUACUCCCUCCUCUCUGCGACAACGGUAGCAUGCUCCUCGAUGGUGGGUACAUUGACAACCUCACCGUUGCGCACAUGAAGAGCUUGGGUGCAGAUGUCAUUUUCGCCGUCGACGUUGGCAGCCUGGAUGAUGACACGCCUCAAUCAUUCGGCGACAGCCUCUCCGGUUUCUGGGCUACUUUCAAUCGCUGGAACCCAUUCUCUGCAUAUCCCAAUCCUCCAACGCUCUCCGAAAUCCAAUCUCGUCUCGCCUACGUAUCAAGCAUUGAUGCAUUGGAGCGUGCGAAGAACACGCCGGGCUGUAGGUACAUGCGACCGCCCAUUGAUCCGUACGGAACGUUGGAUUUUGCGAAAUUCGAGGAGAUCUAUCAGGUAGGAUACAACUAUGGGAAGGAGUUCUUGUUGGGGUUGAAGGAGCAGGGUGUGCUACCAGUCACAGAGGAGACGGAGAAAGAAAAGGAUCUGAGAAGGACCAUGGCCCCAAGGAGAGCAUCUAUAUAG